AUGGCUAAAUACUUUGUUUUAGUGCGUCAGGUUCAAUGUUGUGUUGACGGUGAUGGAUACUUCGGCUGGGUAUGUGACACAACAACUGGAUGUUUCUGUAAGCAAGGUCAAGCGUGUCAGAAGACGCUGUCCCCAAACUGCCCUGGUCACUGUGUGGACAACCCCUGGGGAAUUGGGUGUGUGGACGAAAAACACAAUCUAGCCUUUGGAAAGCCUACAGCACAAUUAAGUAUUGAGGGUGGUCACCCACCAUCAUUAGCGGCAGACGGAAACAACGCCACUGAUGUCUCUAUGUGUGCAGUAACAAACCAAGACACUAACCCGUGGUGGCAGGUGGAUCUGGAAGGUCUCUACGUCAUCCGCUCUGUGGCGGUUAUCAGGCCAAGCGGCUGUAUGUAUAAAAUAUUUCUGUUCAGCUAA